GCCGUACUACCGUGACACUUGGCUAGGGUAUCACCGCACUUGAUCGGCUGCAUCCAUAUACAUUUAUUCUAUGCGCCCGGGGUAUUGGUUUAAAAGUUGGUGACUGGCGGGCCUGACCUAUCCCCACACUUGUCGGCACGCUCGGGACGUUUUGAUAUUAUUGUAAUACUCCCCUCGUCUGGACGAUUUCAAAGCGCCCAUCCGAUCAGUCCCUCCUUUCAAGCCAUACUAUCAUCACCUAGGACACCAUGGGAUCGUUACACAACGAUAGCAUCGAGUCCAAUUCCGAAAAGCAGAUUGUACUGAAUCCGAGAGAACGAGCGCGCAUUCUACGCAAGAUUGAUUGGCACUUGUUACCUUUCGUGACGGUAUUUUACCUCUUGUCGUUCUUAGACCGGUCCAAUGUUGGAAACGCGAAGGUUGCUGGAAUGGCCACAGACCUGAACUUGACCGGCUUCAGGUACAAUAUCGCUGCAGCUGUCUUUUUUAUCCCGUACAGCUUUGCUGAGGUCCCCUCGAACAUCGCACUCAAGCUAUUCAGGCCAUCACGCUGGAUACCGUCUAUCAUGGUCGCGUGGGGUAUUGUGAUGACCCUUAUGUGUCUCGUCAAAUCGUACCAAUCUCUCGUUGUAGCCCGAGUGUUCCUCGGUUUUACAGAAGCAGGGUUAUUUCCUGGAGUAAAUUACUACAUCUGCCUUUGGUAUCCACGUUCGGAGCGGUCGAAACGCAUUGCUAUAUUCUUCUCUGCAGCAUCAAUGUCAGGCGCCUUUGGUGGGCUCCUUGCGUAUGGCAUCGAGCGGAUGGAAGGGGUCGGAGGAUUGCAUGGUUGGCAAUGGAUUUUCUGUUUGGAAGGCCUGGCCACUGUUCUCGUUGCGACUUUCUCUUUUUUCUAUAUGCAUGAUUAUCCUGAAACGGCCAAAUUUUUGACCGAGCCAGAGAGAUCAUGCAUCAUAAAUAUUCUCAAACAGGAUUCGAGUCAUCUUUCCUCUCGCUUCGACACUCAAUUCAUCUGGCAAGCCAUAAAAGAUUACAAGACCUACGUCCAAAUUAUCAUUUAUUUGGGGUUACUCGUCCCUGGUUAUGCCAUUGCCCUCUUUUCGCCAACCAUCAUUGACGAGCUUGGGUACUCUGCUGCGAAUGCCCAGCUACUCUCAGUCCCGCCAUUUGUUGCUGGUUGUAUUGCAACAAUCAUAUUUGGCAUUUAUUCUGACAAGUACAAUCUUCGUGGGCCGUUCAUCAUUGGCGGUGCGCUUGUGUCUCUUGUUGGAUACAUCUUGCUAUAUUGCAGCGUACAAGCGGGCCCGUCGUACGUUGGAGCUUGUCUGGCCGCUGCGGGAAAUUUUCCGACCGUCGCAAUUGCUCUGGCUUGGGCGGGCUCGAAUGCAGGAGGCGACUUAAAGCGUGGAGUUGUACUAGCAAUGGUCAUUGGUUUUGGUAAUCUCGGAGGUAUUUGCUCCUCCUUUAUUUAUAUUGAUCCGCCACGUUUCCACAUUGGGCAUGGCACCAUCAUGGGAUUCCUUUCUCUUUCAAUCGUAACGAGCCUCUUUGCUAUGUGGGACUACAAUCGGCUGAACAAAAAGAAAGAAGCGCAGUGUCUGGCAGAAAACAUUACCGAUGAUAGAGGAUACGAAUUCCAAGAUAUGGGCGAUGCCAGUCCGCUUUACAGGUACACCAUAUGACUACAGCUAAUUCGAGCUGUCCUUUUGAGCGCUCCUUGAUUCCAUACGUCAGCUUCGGGAAUAAUCAAUACCUACGUAUCAGAGACUUGUCGGUGUGAGUUGAUUGAUCGCAAACCAGGCCCAUCAAUUUAGGAUGCGCCCUAGAACGCGGAUUUCAUCUCAACCAAAUAACCAACAGACCAAACGUGUACUCAAGGUGAGCACUCGAGCUGCUGCUAUAUAUAAAAAUCCGAUACCGUAUCCAUUCGAAAGUGUCCAAAGGGGACCGAGAAAC